AUCAAUCUUGAACUGUACCGAGCCCUUAUGAUUUAUUGAUUGACCUCUGUUUUUACAAAAAGACGAUUCUGUUUUUCCCGGGUCAUUAAAAUGAAAAUGAAAUUAAUGAAAUACUAGAGCUCUUGUAAUAUGCGUUUUUUUCCCUGACAACAAGAAGUCCGCUAAUCACGUGGUUUUGUUGCUAAGAUGGCUUCUCCCAGUGGAGAUUUUGAAACUUCUCUGCUGAGUUUUGAAAAGUUAGAUCGUGCAUCUCCAGAUCUGUGGCCAGAACAAUUGCCGGGAGUAGCAGAAUUCGCAGCCUCUUUUAAAAGUCCCAUUACCAAUUCCCCUCCCAAGUGGAUGGCAGAACUGGAGAACGAUGACAUUGAAAUGUUAAACGAAUUGGGGAGUCUGACAACUGCAAAUCUGAGGGAGAAGGUGAAAGGACUCCAGAAUCUGGCUUAUCAGCUUGGGCUGGAAGAGUCCAGAGAAAUGACCAGAGGUAAAUUCCUCAACAUCCUGGAGAAACCCAAGAAAUAAUCAAUGUGAAGGAAGAAGAGUUCUGGUUAACCCUUUAAAGUACAAGGGGACAUGUGUUUUCUUAUUUUUGCAAUGAGGUGCACGAAACAGGGUUUCAAAUGCACCGCCAGGCUGGAUCUGGUCAUCCAAAUUGUCAGGUUUCCUCAUGAGUCAGCCUCAGAUUCGUUUUAAUAAGAAACCAUCUGAGCAACCGCUCAAUUCCUUGUGUACCUUAAGGGGUUAAACAAUCCAGAAAUAGUGAGACAGUGGCUCAUCAGGGUUAAACAACAUGUUAGAAACCUAAAUCCAAGUUUGUGGGGAAACAAUGUGGGUGGGGGAGUGACCACUGUAGCAUACUGUAGGGACACGCUGGGUUAUUUGUUAUUUUUUUGUUAUUUUAAUGCAUGAGGAAAACAGGUUAACCCUAGCAGCCUGAAACUCUCUGCCUUAAGUAUUUUGUCAGCAAAAAUAGUUUGAAUUGUUAUUGAAGAAUUGCUUCAUUGUGAAUUAGGUUGUUCAGAUAAAGAGUUAACCCAAGUGUUUGCACUAGGUUUAUAGUCAGACCUUUUGAACUUUUUAUAGACUAGAUUUAGGGUUUAAAAAAAUGAAUUUAACAUUUCGGCCAUCGUUGCAGCUUUUCAAUCCCUGGAGUGAAGAAAGGAGUCCUGAACAAAUAGACGCCAAAAUACUUUCCAUCAGUCCUAGAGUCAGUCGGCCAUCGUUCGAAGGGACUUGGUGCAUCAUUUUUUGGUGAUCCUGCCUCUGGUCAUUUACCGUACACUGAGCAUUUUCAUUUAAUAAUUUUGCAAGCUUGUGUCGCCAAGUCUUCUUUAUUUAAAACCAUUUGCAACCUCUUAAUUUUGUUGCACAUUGGGUUUAUGUACAUGUAUGCAGUUAAAUGUGUUGUUAUUAUUGUUAAUAUUAUAAUUAAUGUUUUAUUUGUGUUCUCUUU